ACAAAAACUACACUAAAUUACACUAUAGUAGUACUCUAGUACACCUAGUAGAGAGCACAUAGAUAUAGAUAGCCCUUUAUCGUUUAUUUUUAUGUCCCAUCUAAUUCCACUUUCAUCUUUCUUUUUCUUCUUCAUCUUCUCUCAUUCUCUCAUUCAUUUCUUCCCUCCUCAAAACCCUCUCCAUCUCACAAACUCUAAACCACAAAACCACCAUUAAAAAUCAUCCUGAAUCAUUAUCAAACAUGUGUAUGAAAUGAAUGAUAACUUCUCCUCCUCCUCAUUAGUCCAAAAAAAGAGCAAGCAAGCAAGUUAGUUCUUUAUGUACCCUGAUCAUCACUAUCUUCAUAUAUCAUAACCCUAUACUAGUUUAUGGAAACCGGCACAAGAGUUCAACCAUAACCACAUAUAUUAAUCCACAAAGCAGCUCAACACAUCAUCAAAAAACAUACACUUAGAGGAGAAUUAAAUGGUUGUGUGUUAGAGUAGAAGUGCUAGAAAAUCAAGAGAGACUAGAGAAGAAGAUAUAAAUAAAGAAACUCGUCAAAUUUUCAAGGAAAAGAUCAAAAAGCAGUCAUGGAUGCAACAUCAGGUGGUGGUGGUGGUGGUGGUGGUGGUGGAGUUAUUGGAAGAUCUUCGUCAACGAACAUAGCAGCAGCGGCACCACUAAGUCGAUAUGAAUCACAGAAGAGAAGAGACUGGAACACAUUCUUGCAGUAUUUGAAAAACCAUAAGCCACCAUUAUCAUUACUGCGGUGUAGUGGAGCUCAUGUAAUUGAGUUCAUGAAAUACUUGGAUCAGUUCGGAAAGACUAAAGUGCAUACUUUAGGUUGUACUUUCUUUGGCCAUCCCAAUCCGCCUGCGCCGUGUACGUGCCCGUUGAAACAAGCUUGGGGUAGUCUUGAUGCACUUAUUGGACGGUUAAGAGCCGCAUAUGAAGAAAAUGGUGGAAAACCAGAAUCAAAUCCGUUUGGAGCUAGAGCUGUUAGGAUUUACUUGAGGGAAGUUAGAGAAAGUCAAGCCAAAGCUAGAGGUAUACCUUAUGAGAAGAAGAAAAGAAAGAGACCAACACCACCAACAACAACAGCAACAGCCACAACAUCUUCGUCGUCGUCCGGGGUGGUUGUCGAUAGCAACGGCGGAGGAUCAUCCUUGUCUGGUCACCAUGUUGGUGGUGGUGGUGGAGGUGUUAGUACUACUACCAACAAUCAUGUCGACAUGGUAGCUCAUUUUCAUCAACAACCAAAUACAACUAUCACUUCCAUAUAAUCAAGGUGUAUGGAUUUUUAUUUUGUUUUGCUCAAUCGGUUAAUUCUAGUCUAUAGUCUACUAGUUCAUUUCGAGAUUUGAUCUCUAUAUUAUUCUACUAUUAGUUAGGAAGAUCAGUACUUUUUAUUAAUUGUCAUUUCAAAUUGCGUUAUUAGGCAAAUUCAAUAAAUAUAUGACUUUGAAUUGACAA